CCAAAAUGGCGAACACCAAAAGCCAGUUUCCGCUUUCGUUCGAAACAAGGGGGUUGGUCUAAAACUGCAUCGCAGCUGAUCUGGAGGUUUUCCCCCCCUCAAGUUGUUUUUUUGCAGAGAGCAGCUUUGCAGACAAUCACAGAGGCACCUCUCUUGUUUUUCUUUCGCUCCUUCUUGUUAUUUUUAACUUAGCUCAUUUUAAAUGUCGAACCAUUCAUUUAUUCACUAGGUUUGUUUUUCCAAACGGAGAGCCAAUUUUUGGGUGAAUAAUGUCUCUUCUUUUUAAAAGAAACAGUUUUUAUCUCAUUUUUGCGCUUGAAUACCGUCGCCUUUUUGCCAUCCAUGGUGAAUGCAACCCAGGUCUGACCCACUUUUAGCGUCUUUCCUCCCCCUCACAAGCAUCAAGCGGAGAUGUUUUCGCCAGGAGAGGAGGUCGAUUCCAAUUUGUUUACCUCACUGAAGGAGUCAUCCGGAGAUGCGAUCUCUCCAACACUGGAGCUCAGUUUGACCACCGUCUACACCGUCCUCUACUCUUUCCUCUUUGUUUUCGUCUACCUGCAGCUCUGGCUCAUCCUGCAUUACGGCCACAAGCGUUUCAGCUACCAGAGCGUGUUUUUGUUCCUGUGCCUGCUGUGGGCAGCGCUACGGACGACCCUCUUCUCCUUCUACUUUAAAAAUGUAGUGCAGGCCAACCAGCUACAGCCUCUGGCCUACUGGCUGCUCUACUGCUGCCCCGUCUGCCUGCAGUUCUUCACACUCUGCCUGCUCAACCUCUACUUCACACAGGUGAUGUUUAAAGCUAAAGCCAAGUAUUCGCCUGAGCUCACCAAAUACAAGGUUCCUCUGCGCUUGUUCUUUCUGUGUCUCAGUAUAUUUUUCCUGGUGGUGAAUUUAACUUGCGCGUUGUUGGCUCAAGGAGCUCUGAUGCACUCUGAGCCACCAAGCGAUGGGGGGAUCAGACAUGCAGUCUUGGCUCGGGUCCUGAUUAACGACAGCCUGUUUGUCCUGUGUGCCAUAUCUCUUGCUGUGUGCAUCUUCAAAAUCGCCAAAAUGUCUUCUGCCAACGUUUACCUCGAGUCUAAGGGAACAUCAGUGUGCCAAGCGACCGCCGUAGGAGCCGUGGUGAUCCUCCUCUAUACUUCCAGAGCCUGUUACAACCUGGUGGUGGUGGCCCUGUCACCGCAGGACAGACCCAGCCCCUUCAGCUACGGCUGGUACAGCGUCUCCGAUCAGGCAGACAUACAGAAGAUCAGCGGUGAGGGCUACAUUGUUUUUGGGAUUAUUUUGUUCUUCUGGGAGCUGCUGCCCACCAGCUUAGUGGUGGUUUUCUUCAGAGUCCAAAGGCCCCACCAAAACCUGGCGCCAGGCGGCAUGAUCAACAGCCACAGUUUCAGCUCUAGAGCUUAUUUCUUUGACAACCCGCGACGGUACGACAGCGAUGACGACCUGUCAAGGAGCAUCAAUAGCAGAUCUGAUCGAGCCAGUCUUCUGUCCACUACGCCUCAGAUGGCAACGUCCAGCUGGUAUGGCUCUAUUCAACGUAAUGGGAGUCUAGCACCGGGGGUGGCCUCCGCCCAGCAGCCACCUCCUUCCACGGCCCCACUCCUGUUUGCCCAAGGAAACAUUCAAAGUCACCAUCAUCACCAUCACAACUACUACUCAACCCCACAGAACAACUACCAACAUCAGCAUAGUAACUAUUAUUCCACGCCGCAGAAUUACUACUGCGGAUCGCAGACGUAUUUCUGCACCCCACAAAAUUAAAUAGGAACCAUUGAAAACUUUGGAUAAGAAGAUUACAAAUGAUUUAAUCUUUUUGUCCCGAUUUUGCUUGUACAGCUGCAUCAACCUCAGCACUUUCGAUUAAAAGUGCUGACCACACAACAGGCUUCAACAACUGUGUGAAAAUGUGGCGAUACAAUAAAGCAUGAAAGUUGGAACUACAAGAAUACCAGCUUUCUUGAGGACUUCAGCACAGAUGAGUAGCAUUUAACUACCACCAAAAGGUGGAAAGCAGGAAAACGGAAACCAUUUCUUUUGAAUGCUUUGGUAAGGGGUAAAAUAGAGACUGGAAAUAUUUGUGGCCAGAUAAUCAUUCCACUUUUAAAUUUCAAUGGUAAGGAAACAUUGGCAGCCGCUAAUUUGCUCAUCCAAAAGCUGUCAGUCAACAGUUCAGGCUAUAGCAACACUGUUAAAAAUUUGUCAGUCUUGUUUGAGGUAUUGGCUCUUUUACAGACAUCUUACAAAGUCUUAAACCCGGAGUUCUGAGUGUUCAGACUUACAUGACAGGAAUUAGCUCAUGCUAAUUUACCAGUGCCUGCUGAUGUAGGAACCGUUAGCCGUGGUAGCAAUAAGCCAAAAAAACAACAACCUCAAAAUCAGUUAAAGAAAUUAUAACCUUGUAUUAUUUAAGUCAAUGUAUUACUUUUAUUAAACUGGUUGAGUUCUAUUGAAACACAAAGAGAGAGAGAAAAAAAUGAUUUUAGGAAAUGGCUUAUGCUAAUUUGUUGAAGCAUGGAGAGUUAGCAUUGCUAGCAUAAAGUCUAAACUCUGAACUAAAAAUUAAAAACUUUGUGUCACUUAAGUCAGGUUGUUACUUUCAUCAAAAAUGGGACUGAACUCAAAGAGAAAAAUGAAAAAAAAAAAACUGAUAAGAAGUUUGCCAGUGCUAGUUUUCUACUCACCGCUGUAGUCGGGAAAGCUAGCUGUGCUAGCAAAAUUAGCCAGGAGAAAAGUAAAAUUGACAAAAAAAAUUUUAACGUUGCAUCAUUGAAGCCAAUUUAUUAUUCUUACAAACUAGGCUUAAGUUCUGGGGCAAAACAAGUGUUAAUAUUCUGUUGCUAAAAGGAAAAAAACUUAAAAUAAAAACAAAUAUGUUAAGUUUUGUUGUAUUCAGUUAAUUGCUGUUUUCAACUUGAUCUGAAUUAUUUUUGCAACAAGGAGUACAGUGUGUAAAAAAUAUCUCAUAAGGAAUUAGCCAAUGCUAGCAUGACAGUAGUUGGUGAAUCCAGGAUAUUAGCACUGCUAGCAUUUAGCAGAAGA